AUGACUGCAAGAAAUCUGAGUAUGGAGACAACCUUCACCCUCUUAGGCUUCACAGAUUACCCAGAGCUUCAGGUUCCUCUCUUCCUUGUGUUUCUGAUCAUGUACAUUAUCACUAUAACAGGAAACCUUGGGAUGAUAGUAAUCAUUAUGAGUAACCCAAAGUUUCACACUCCCAUGUACUUUUUCCUCAGUCACCUUUCCUUUGUAGACUUUUGUUACUCUUCCAUCAUCACACCCAAGCUGCUUGAGAACCUGGUCAUGGCAGAUAAAAGCAUCUUCUACUUCAGCUGCAUGCUGCAGUACUUCCUGUCCUGCACAGCAGUGGUGACUGAGUCCUUCUUGCUAGCUGUUAUGGCCUAUGACCGCUUUGUGGCCAUCUGUAAUCCCCUGCUGUAUACAGUGGUUAUGUCACAGAGGCUAUGCGCCCUGCUAGUAGCUGGAUCAUAUCUCUGGGGUACGUUUUCUCCCUUGGUACUGCUUUGCUAUGCUCUCCAGCUAAAGUUUUCUGGACAUAAUGUAAUCAACCACUUUUUCUGUGAAUACACUGCUCUCAUUGCUGUCUCGACCUCUGACAUUCACAUCCCCCACCUGCUGCUCUUUGCCUUUGCUACCUUCAAUGAGGUUAGUACAUUGCUAAUCAUCCUCAACUCCUAUGUGUUUAUUUUUGUGACUGUAUCAAAAAUACGCUCUGCCAGUGGACGUCACAAAGCCUUCUCCACCUGUGCCUCCCAUCUGACUGCCAUCACCAUCUUCCAUGGGACAAUACUUUCCUUGUAUUGUGUGCCCAACUCCAAAAACUCUCGGCAAGUUUCAAAAGUUGCUUCUAUCUUCUACACAGUGGUCAACCCCAUGCUGAACCCUCUGAUCUACAGCCUGAGGAACAAGGAUGUGAAAGCUGCCUUCUGGAAAUUAAUGAGUACAAAAGUUCUACUCCACUGA